CCGGAGUCGCCGCCUGCAGCCCCCGCGGGCCCCGUUGCCAGCCCUCAUCAUGCCUUGGCCGUUUUCGGAGUCCAUCAAGAAGAGGGCCUGUCGGUACCUCCUGCAAAGGUACCUGGGCCACUUCCUGCAGGAGAAGCUGAGCCUGGAGCAGCUCAGCCUGGAUCUGUACCAGGGCACCGGGUCCCUCGCCCAAGUCCCCUUGGACAAAUGGUGUCUCAAUGAGAUCCUGGAGUCGGCAGAUGCGCCUUUAGAAGUCACUGAAGGAUUCAUACAGUCAAUUUCUCUGUCAGUUCCAUGGGGCUCCUUGCUACAGGAGAAUUGUGCACUGGAAGUGAAAGGGCUAGAAAUGGUCUUCCGGCCUAGACCCCGCCUAGCAACUGGUUCUGAACCUAUGUAUUGGUCAAGUUUCAUGACCAGCAGUAUGCAAUUGGCAAAAGAAUGUCUUAGCCAGAAAUUAACAGAUGAACAAGGAGAAGCAUCGCAGCCUUUUGAAGGACUUGAAAAGUUUGCUGAAACCAUUGAAACAGUACUAAGAAGAGUAAAAGUCACUUUUAUAGACACUGUCUUGAGAAUUGAACACGUGCCAGAAAAUUCCAAAACUGGAACUGCACUUGAAAUUCGAAUAGAAAGAACUGUCUACUGUGAUGAAGCUGCUGAUGAGGCCUCAGGAAUUAAUGUGCAUCAGCCCACAGCCUUUGCUCACAAGUUACUCCAGCUCUCCGGAGUAUCUCUCUUCUGGGAGGAGUUUUCUGCAUCAGCAAAAUCUUCCCCAGUGUGUUCAACUGCACCAGCGUUGGAUCUUGAUGGACAGAUAGACUCUAUUCAUCUAUUCCUGUCACCAAGGCAGGUGCACUUGCUUUUGGAUAUGUUAGCAGCUGUUGCUGGACCAGAAAAUUCUAGCAAAAUAGGGUUAGCUAAUAAAGAUAGAAAAAACCGACCCAUGCAGCAAGAAGAGGAAUAUCGAAUUCAGAUGGAAUUAAACCGGUAUUAUUUGAGAAAAGAUUCCCUCUCAGCAGGUGUAUCUUCAGAGCAAAGCUUUUAUGAGACAGAAUCCGCUCGUACACCUUCUAGCCGUGAAGAAGAAGUUUUCUUCUCCAUGGCUGAUAUGGACAUGUCCCAUAGCCUUUCUUCUCUUCCACCUCUGGGAGACCCUCCAAAUAUGGACCUUGAGUUGUCAUUAACUAGUACAUAUACAAAUACUCCAGCAGGAUCUCCAUUAAGUGCUACUGUGCUUCAGCCAACGUGGGGAGAUUUCCUUGAACAUCAUAAAGAACAACCAGUAAGAGGGUCCACAUUGCCUUCCAACCUAGUUCACCCACCAAAUUUACAGAAGACUUCUCUCCCAUCUAGAUCUGUUUCAGUGGAUGAAUCCAGGCCUGAACUUAUUUUUAGACUAGCUGUGGGAACCUUUUCCAUCUCUGUGCUUCACAUCGAUCCUUUAUCUCCACCUGAAACAUCACUGAACCUUAAUCCAUUGACGCCUUUGGCGAUAGCGUUCUUUACCUGUAUAGAAAAGAUUGACCCAGCAAGAUUUUCAACAGAUGAUUUUAAGUCUUUCCGAGCAGUAUUUGCGGAAGCUUGCAAACAUGAUCACCUUAGAUUUAUAGGUACUGGCAUCAAAGUGUCCUAUGAACAAAGACAAAGAUCAGCUUCCCGAUAUUUUAGUACUGAUAUGUCCAUUGGGCAAAUGGAACUUUUGGAAUGCCUCUUUCCAACUGAUUCUCAUUCUGUUCCUCCUCACUACACAGAGCUUUUAAUGUUCCAUUCCAAAGAACGAACUGAUUCCCAUCCCCCUGUGUGUCUUCAGCUUCAUUAUAAGCAUUCUGAGAAUAAAGGACCCCAGGGUAAUCAAGCAAGACUUAGUUCUGUUCCUCAGAAGGCAGAAUUACAAAUUAAGUUAAAUCCUGUGUUUUGUGAGCUGGAUAUCAGUAUUGUGGACAGGUUAAAUUCUUUGCUUCAACCACAAAAGCUUACUACGGUAGAAAUGAUGGCAUCGCACAUGUAUACUUCAUACAAUAAACAUACUAGUCUGUUAACCAGUCUUGUUUUAUUAGGGUCAUUCCAGGAAGAUAAAGGAGAACCAUGUAUUAAGUUUUUCCAUGUGUCUAGUGGAGUAGAUGGAGAUACAGCAUCAUCAGAUGACUUUGACUGGCCACGAAUUGUACUGAAAUUAAACCCACCAGCUGUGCAUUCCAUUUUGGAGCGAAUAGCAGCUGAGGAAGAAGAGAGUGAUGGCCGCUAUCAGGAAGAGGAGGAAGGGGGUGCUCAUUCCCUGAAGGAUGUUUGUGAUCUGCGAAGACCAGCCCCUUCUCCCUUCUCUUCUCGUAGAGUCAUGUUUGAAAACGAGCAGAUGGUGAUGCCAGGAGACCCUGUGGAAAUGACAGAAUUUCAGGAUAAAGCAAUCAGCAAUUCUCACUAUGUGCUGGAACUUACGUUACCCAGCAUUCAUGUAACACUACCUAAUAAAAGCUUUUAUGAGAAGCUUUAUAAUAGGAUCUUUAAUGACUUGCUGCUGUGGGAACCAACAGCUCCAUCACCAGUGGAGACAUUUGAAAAUAUUUCCUAUGGUAUUGGUCUUUCUGUAGCCAGUCAGCUGAUUAAUACCUUCAACAAAGAUAGUUUUAGUCCAUUUAAAUCCACAGUUCACUACGAUGAGGAGAGUGGAUCUGAGGAGGAGACGUUGCAGUAUUUUUCUACUGUGGAUCCCAACUAUCGUUCCCGUAGGAAAAAAAAACUAGACUCUCAGAACAAGAACUCGCAGAGUUUUCUCUCGGUUCUUCUGAGUAUUAACCAUGGACUAAUGGCAGUGUUUACAGAUGUCAGGCAAGAUAAUGGAGAGCUGUUGGAAAAUAAACAUGGCGAAUUCUGGUUAGAGUUCAGCAGUGGUUCGUUGUUUUGUGUGACCAAGUAUGAAGGCUGUGAUGACAAGCACUACAUCUGCCUUCAUUCCAGUAGUCUCAGUCUGUACCACAAAGGUGUAGUAGAUGGAGUGAUUCUUCCUAUAGAAACACGACUGCCCAGUUCAACCCGCCCACACUGGUUGGAACCUACUAUUUAUUCCUCUGAAGAAGAUGGCCUCAGUAGAGCUUCUUCAGAUGGUGUUGCAGGAGACACUUUGAAUAUGCUCUCUGUUGCAGUUAAAAUACUAUCUGAUAAAUCAGAGUCCAAUACGAAGGAAUUUCUCAUUGCUGUGGGGUUGAAAGGAGCCACACUCCAGCACAGAAUGCUUCCUUCUGGGCUUAGCUGGCACGAGCAGAUUUUAUACUUCUUGAAUAUUGCUGAUGAACCUGUUCUGGGAUAUAAUCCUCCAACUUCGUUUACAACUUUUCACGUUCACCUCUGGAGCUGUGCACUUGAUUAUAGGCCUCUUUAUUUGCCGAUUCGAUCUCUUCUCACUGUGGAAACCUUCAGCGUUUCCAGUAGUGUGGCCUUGGACAAAUCCUCAUCUACUCUCAGAAUAAUCUUGGAUGAAGCUGCCUUGCAUUUGUCUGACAAGUGUAAUACUGUUACUAUAAAUUUGAAUAGAGAUUAUGUUCGUGUGAUGGAUAUGGGGCUUUUGGAAUUAACCAUAACUGCAGUGAAAUCUGAUUCUGAUGGAGAGCAAACUGAGCCGCGCUUCGAGCUACACUGUUCCAGUGACACUGUCCAUAUCAGAACGUGCUCAGACUCUUGUGCUGCUUUAAUGAAUCUCAUUCAGUACAUUGCAAGCUAUGGGGACUUACACGCAGCAAACAAGGUGGAGACGAAGCCUGGAGCCUCUCACAGAAAGAUGAAGGUAGAUUCCAGCGGUCGCUCCUCCUCACAGGGUCCAGUACUUCCUGAAGCAGACCAGCAGAUGUUACGCGAUCUGAUGAGUGACGCUAUGGAGGAGGUUGACCUGCAGCAGGCCGCUGCAUCCGCGCAAGCCCAAGCUAACGGUGUUCUGGAUGAAAAAUCUCAAACUCAGGAGCCAUGUUGUUCAGACCUCUUCCUGUUUCCAGAUGAGAGUGGGAACACGUCCCAGGAGCCUGGCCCUCCUUACCCCUCAUUCACACACCACUUGAUUAGUGAUGCAAUGGCAGGUGCGCCCACUGAGAAUGACGACUUUUGCAUUCUUUUUGCACCAAGAGCAAACAUUCAGGUCAUUCAUUGCCUUUCUUUGAAUAUUUCCUUUAACAAAUUUUUUUUUUUUUCUAUUUAUAGCAGUCCCCACAGUUCACCUUCUCACACUCCCACAAGGCAUGGACGUAACAUGGUAUGUGGGGGAAAAGGAAGAAACCAUGACUUUUUAAUGGAAAUACAGUUAAGCAAGGUGAAGUUUCAGCACGAGGUCUACCCGCCUUGCAAGCCGGAGUGUGACUCCGGCCUCUUAGAGCACCCAGUCUCCCGGCAGGUGUUUGUCGUGCAGGAUCUUGAAAUUCGAGAUCGUCUGGCAACAUCACAAAUGAAUAAGUUUUUGUACCUGUAUUGCAGUAAAGAAAUGCCUCGAAAAGCUCAUUCCAACAUGUUGACAGUGAAAGUAUUACAUGUGCGCCCCGAGUCCGGCAGGUCACCGCAGGAGUGCUGCUUGCGAGUGUCCCUAAUGCCACUUCGCCUCAAUAUUGACCAGGAUGCCUUGUUCUUCCUGAAGGAUUUCUUCACAAGUCUUUCUACAGAAGUAGAGCUUCUAAUGGCUCCAGAUCCAGAAGUUAAAAAGUCUCCUGGAGCUGAUGUCACCUGCAGUUUGCCAAGGCAUUUAAGCACCUCCAAGGAGCCAAAUCUAGUUCUUUCUUUUCCUGGGCCAAAGCAGCCUUCCCAAGAUGGUGGUGCCAAUUCAGUGGAAGUGGUUAAUGGGGAGGAAGAGAAGGACUUCUCAGCUGAAGAAGCAUCAUUUAGUGAUCAGCCCGUGUUUUUUAGAGAAUUCAGAUUCACAUCAGAAGUUCCUAUUCGACUUGAUUAUCAUGGCAAACACGUAUCAAUGGAUCAGGGUACGCUGGCCGGGAUUCUGAUUGGUCUGGCCCAGUUAAACUGCUCAGAACUGAAGCUGAAGCGGCUUUUCUACCGGCAUGGCUUGCUAGGUGUUGACAAAUUGUUCUCGUAUGCAAUCACGGAAUGGCUUACUGACAUUAAGAAGAACCAGCUACCAGGAAUCCUGGGAGGCGUUGGGCCUAUGCAUUCACUAGUACAAUUAGUGCAAGGCCUGAAGGACUUGGUCUGGUUACCAAUAGAGCAGUACCGGAAGGACGGUCGCAUCGUCCGAGGGUUCCAGAGAGGUGCUGCGUCCUUUGGCACCUCGACGGCGAUGGCCGCGCUGGAGCUCACCAACAGGACGGUCCAGACCAUACAGGCGGCUGCAGAGACUGCUUAUGACAUGGUGUCUCCUGGGACCCUUUCUAGUGAGCCCAAGAAGAUCAAAAGGUUUCCUCACCACCGCUUAGCCCACCAGCCAGUGGACCUGCGGGAAGGUGUGGCCAAGGCCUACAGUGUUGUGAAAGAGGGACUUACAGACACGGCUCAGACAAUUUACGAAACCGCAGCUCGAGAACACGAGAGCAGAGGGGUCACUGGUGCCGUGGGCGAGGUCCUGCGCCAGAUUCCUCCUGCGGUGGUGAAACCUCUGAUUGUGGCCACGGAAGCGACAUCAAAUGUAUUAGGUGGCAUGAGAAACCAAAUUAGACCAGAUGUUCGGCAAGACGAGUCACAGAAAUGGCGCCAUGGGGAAGACUGAUAUUUCAGACGCGAUUCUUCAUGGAGAUAGUGAGGGUAGAAGUAAGGAGCAUAGCGUCCCAUUGGCAGCUUUAGAGGGUACUCAUUUAAUUUUAUUGUGCUCAUCUCAGGAACAAAAGCAUUUCUUAGUUAAAUAAUUUAAUAUCAAAGCAACAUGCAACCAAAAACUUGUGACAUUGUAGGGCUAGUUUAGUACUUGCGUAGAGAAAUGUUUGGUGGUUAGUGUCAAAAGUUCUUAAGCGUUUGCUGCCAAGUGAGUGGAAUGCUUGCUAUUAUUAAAAUGGCUGUGAUUCUCCUUGCUAUGGAUGAGAGAUCAUUGGAAGCCUCCCGUUACAGUACAGAGUGCUCAGAAACUUUGAAAGUGCACUUUGAAAGCACUAUUUAUGUUGCCCUGAGGAGAGUUGAUUUUUCUCAAGGUUUAAAAAGAAUCACAGCUUCGAAACUUUCAUUGAGAAUGAGAGACAGAAGCUACAGGGAAAGCAAAGCAAAUAGGAUUUUAAUAUAAAUAACCCUGAGGAAUAAAUAACCUAGUCUGUUGGAUUUAGUGUCCGUGCACUUGAGAACAUUAUUUCCAUUCCCUCAGAAAAUCUGUGGGCGUUGAGAACGUGAAUGUCGCAGACAUGUUCUGUUGUGUUGCACUUUAUCGUGUGUGUGUGUGUGUGUGUAGAUUAAUACAAGUCAUGUGAUCUAUUUGUUAUGUAAUUUACAGAUUUUCACAAAAUAUAAAGAGGAGUAAGACAAUGUUUUUGGCAAAGGAAGCUAACUCAGAUGUAGUAACUUCCAUUUAUUUUAAGUGUAAAUGAAAAUGUGCAUUCUAUAAUGAACUGGGGCCCAUAUGAUUGUUUAUAUGUUCACUUUUCAGCAGAUACAGUGCAAGCUUUUAGGAAUGUGUGGAAAGGGAGAUUGGAAAUGAUUUUUACUUUUCUGAAAUUAACCAAAAAUCCUCCAAAUAUGCCCUAGUCAGCUAUUUCGAAGUACCAUUUUUACUUGGUUAACAGUGUACAUUUUGAUAACCUGUCAGGAAUGAAUAAAGUAUUUUUAUUUAAAGGUAAAA